CACACUGUAAACAACAAAAGCAUCGGUAUUUCGUAAAUUUCAACAACAAUAAAAUUAUGAUGGCGCGCUGUUUAUCGGAGUUAUUAAUUAAAUAUCAACAUGCAGAGGAGGCAAAAAUCUUAAGCAUAGCCGAUGAACUGGAUGGUGAUGACAAGGAAUUAGUGCGCAAAUUGUAUGAGCCGCUUAAAAUAACCAGCGAGGAUUUGACUCGUGAAUACACCCAGGACGAAAAGAGAAAGCUUUGUCUACGCACUAAAGUGCGCGUCAAUAUGACACUCUUCAACUGCGUUUGGGAAGCUAAGCGGCGCCUGGAGAAAAAGGGACGCCUCGCGAAUCGCUCGGAGCGCUUCAUCAAUGCGAUGCUCGUAAAGGCCGUGGCCAAGAAAAUGGUUUUGCCGUACACGCCAGAUGAGAUUGCCAAAUGCAAUCACAUUAGGCAAUGUCAACUGAAAAAGGAGAACAAUUGUCGACUAAAUCGCUGGCAUCGGGAAUCCACACAAGCCACAGUCCUGCCCGACAGCAAUGAGAGUUCAUCCCAGCUGCCGGCGCAGAUGCCCGACCAGGCGGCGUCCAGCGGCGAGCAAAAGUCAUCAGCAUCAGCAUCAGCAUUGCAAUAUCCGGCUUCUUUAGAUUCACAAAAUUCCGCAUCUACGCUGGGCAUUUUUACGAACAAUCCCGAAAUGUGGGUCAUGGAAGAAUCGCAAGAUACGGUUGGCAAAUUAGAAGUUGAGGCGCAUACGGAGAACUCCAGCUUGCACGAGUACGGGCCGGACGCAGACUGGGCCGAGGCAGCCGUUCAAAUCAAUACCGAGUCCAUAACAAUUGGCACCUUGGACUUAGAUGUGCAGACGCCACAAACCCAGAGUCAGCCAAUUGUCUCCACCACCGAGGACUAUGCCCUCUUCAAUACACAAGUGCCGGCCACGUCCACGCAAACGCCUUGCUCCGAGCCAUUUCUUUAGAUGCAUGAGCCACUUUCUUAAACUUUCGCAGAAAUAUGUUACAUAGUUCGACUUUAUUGUGCGUUUUGAGUAUAAAAAUUUUCUUAAAACGUUCUAUA